CUUUAUCUUCUACCACCCAUUUCAUAUCUCCAACAAAAAGUGAAAAACAAAAACAAGAAAAAAAGAUCAGAGCACAAAAAUGGUGAGAGCUGUGACGAGAUUGUGCUCUUACACUAGCAGAUUGAUAGCCAUUUUCUUCUGGGCAUGGCUGCCGCAAGCUCUGAAGAUCACCAUUCUGGCAUUGAUCUUCGCUCUGAACCGUGGCGGGCAAGCCUACGCGAGGUAUCAGUACAGGGCGAUGGUGAAGAAGCAGGGAAGGAAGUUUGUUUACAGACGGAAGAGUUUCUUUUCGAGACCGUCGGCGGCGGCGGUGGCGGCGGAGCAGCCGCCGCUGGAGUGUGCGAUCUGUUUGUCGGAGUUUGUGGCGGGGGAGGUGGGGAGGGAGCUGGAGAGGUGCCGGCACGUGUUCCACGCAAGCUGCGUGGAGAAAUGGCUGCUUCAUGGGGAAGGGCACGGGAGCUGUCCGCUUUGCCGGAGUCCGGUGGUGCUGCCGGAGGUCGACGUCGGAGAGACUUGGAAAUACGAGAGGGAAGAACGGCUGUGCUUCGAGGAAGACCUGGCUCUUCUCUUGCUCCCUGGACUGCCCAACUUAUGUGCUGUCCAAUGUUAGAACCUUAAUUUUAGUUGAGACAAAACACUUUCUUUGAUCUAUUUUAAAAGUAACUGAUGUUGAAAGUAAAAACAAUUUUGUAAAUGAAGACAUUUUUAUAUAUAUUCAUUUA